CAGGCGCACCGAGGGCAGUCUCUGUGGGGUCCUCGUGGCCAGCCAAGAUGGCUGCCCCCGCGGUGAAGGCUGCGCGAGGGUGGUCGCCCUCGGCCUUGGGCGUGCGGAUUGCCGUCCUCCGGUUUCCAGGGCUAACCCAGGUGAGGUGGAGCCGCUAUGGUCCUGAAUACAAGGAUCCCCAGAUUGACAAGGAAUAUUACCGCAAGCCGUUGGCGGAGCAGACGGAGGAGGAGAAGUAUGAGCGGGAUCUCAGGAAGACGCAACUUAUCAAAGCCGCCCCCGCGACCAAAACAAGUUCUGUGUUUGAAGACCCGGUGAUCAGUAAAUUCACCAACAUGAUGAUGAAAGGAGGAAACAAAGUACUGGCCAGAUCCCUCAUGACACAGACGCUGGAAGCUGUGAAGAGAAAGCAGUUUGCCAAGUACCAUGCUGCCUCUGCUGAGGAACAAGCAACCAUCGAACGCAACCCUUAUACCAUCUUCCACCAGGCCCUGAAAAACUGUGAGCCUGUGAUCGGGCUGGUACCCAUCCUCAAGGGUGGCCAUUUCUACCAGGUCCCUGUGCCGCUAGCUGAUCGGCGUCGCCGCUUCCUGGCCAUGAAGUGGAUGAUCACUGAGUGCAGGGAGAAGAAGCAUCGGCGGGUGCUGAUGCCGGAGAAGCUGUCGCAGGAGCUGCUGGAGGCUUUUCACAACCAGGGCCCUGUGAUCAAGAGGAAGCAUGACAUGCACAAGAUGGCCGAGGCCAACCGCGCGCUGGCCCACUACCGCUGGUGGUAGAGGGCAGCCGGGGGCUGGCGAGGCCUGGCGCUCUCUGCUGCAGGAACCAGUGGGAACCGAUGGGAGCCCCUGCCAUGCUGAGAAACACCUGGGGUUUAAGAGUCUAGUUCCCUUUAAAGGGCCGGCAGGCCUCAUGAGAACGAUGGA